AUGCCUAUGAAGCUACACUACUCCCUCACGGCAGCACGUCGUUUUACUCAGCCUGACCGUCUACUAAGCUUACCCAGUGCAGCAAACCGCGCCUGUCUUGCCUGUCAACGGCGGUGGGCCUUAAACAACAGGGGCCACCCGGUAUCGACUUCGUCAAGUGCAGAAUCGCCGUCACGAGAAGCAUCGUCCAGUCUUACCCGCCAGGCACCCGAUAUUUCCAACCAUUACACUAUCUUCCCACGAACACUUCCCCAAGGUCUUCCGCCAGCAGGUCCCUUUAACAUCCCCGUACCGGAUCUCCGCCGUGAAUUUCUGGCAUUACAGGGCGUCGUGCAUCCUGAUAAGUAUCCUACUGGACGUGAUAAGCAGCGCGCUGAAGCGUUGUCUGCUCGAAUAAACGAUGCAUAUCGCACGCUGUCUGACCCUCUAGCUCGGGCGCAGUAUCUACUCGCAUACCAGCAUGGCAUAGAUGUGACGUCGGAGGACGGGGCAAAGGAACAUCCCCAGGAUCCGGAGACUUUGAUGCAGGUUCUGGAGGUACAGGAAGCGAUUGAGGAGGCCGAGGAUGAGACGACGGUUCUGGCGCUGAAAACUGAGAAUGAAGGCCGGAUCGACGACACGGUGCGAGUACUGGGGCGGGCGAUUGAUGAGGGGAGUAUUGACGAGGCUGUGAAGGAGUGCGUACGGCUGCGGUUCUGGUACAGCAUCCGCGACGUGCUACGGGAGUGGGCGCCGGGUAAGACAGAUGUACGAUUAAUUCACUAA